GUGCUCCGCACGGUUCACCUCAGGUGUUGUCAAGAUGCCGCCGAAAGCCCCUGAAUCGAAGGCCGCCAAGGCCGCCAAGGCCCAGGCCGGCGGCAAGGCUAAGAAGAAGAAGUGGUCCAAGGGGAAGAACAAGGAGAAGGCCAACAACCAGGUCCUCUUCGAGCAGUCCACGUACGACAAGCUCCUCGCGGAGGUGCCGAAGUACAAGAUGAUCACCAUCUCGAUCCUCUGCGACCGCCUUCGCAUCACGUGCUCUCUCGCGAGGAAGGCGAUCCAGAUUCUCAUCGCGAAGGGUCUCAUCCGCCCGGUGACGAUGCACUCCAAGCAGCAGGUUUACACCAGGUCCACGAACGUCGAAGAGUAAGCGAGCGAAACACUUGUUUGUGUUUUACUAGUGAUGCGUACUAUUCGUGGUGGAAGUGUGGAGUUGUGUGUGGCUCUUUGAUGAAGAGAGAGCCGCUGGGUGGGUGUGCGGUUUCGCGCCGCGACCUCUCGCGGUUUCGAGGCGGCGAAAAUAUAUUUUCGUCGACGAGAAGACGCGACGGGGGGGGGGGCGAGAUCGCGGGUGCGUUCGGAGGACGCGCGCCGGCGUGCGCGCGUCCACUACGGACGUUUGGCUCGUGUAGACGCUAGCGUUGUUACGAGAUGACCUCCCGCGUGGGGGGUUUGGUUCCAAAA